AUGGUUGAAGUAGGUGAUAUUGCAGAUAUACAAGAAAUGCAAGGAAAUCAGAAUUUUGCAGACAAUCAAAUCCGAAUUCGUUUAACUCAAGUUUGGUGUGUUGCUUAUGGAUCUGUAGCUGAGAAGUUGUAUCAAUAUCUAUGGCGAUUGAGAGGGGUCGCUUUAGACAUUUUAACCACUGUUGAAGGCUGUUCGGAUAUUUUAUCUGAUUCUCAGAUUUCUCUAAUAAAGUACUACAAAUCAAA